AUAUCCUCAAGUCGACCGUCGUAGUCUAGCGUUUCCUACAUCAGUACCAUUGUUCUGCCUUCCUAUGGGAGCUACCUUGGAAGUGUGGCCCAACAACGCUUCAUCACCGAAGCCGGUCUUCUCAACCUUCGUACUGACGGUCGCUGACGCUACCGACAAGGUGUACGGUUCCGCGGUGACGUUCUACGAGCGUUACACCAGCCCGCUGUCAGAGAGUCAGAUGGACCAGCUAGGUUGGAGGGCCGGCGUCACUCACACAACACACUCGCUACACGCCAACAAGUCAAUAUGUUUACUAUCAAGAUGGCCCUUCAGUGAUACGUUCGAGAGGUGGCUGUUGUAUAUACUUGAAAUGUCUUGGAGCAAGGAACCACUGAACAUACCGAUUGAAAGAUACAUAACACAUUUAUUGGAAGAAGUACCGUUCCCUGAGCCGAGGAUAUUAUUACAGUUGUCACCAACUAAUCCUCACGACCGUGUGAUAGUGACCCGGCGGGAUGAUCAACCUUUGGUGCGGAGCGGAGCCGGCUUCAGACAACUUCUGCUUAACUUAGGACCGGACAACUGUUUGUUACUCCUGGCGUUAGCUAUCACAGAACAAAAAAUACUUAUACACUCUCUUAGACCAGACACAUUGACAGCAGUCUCCGAGGCGGUGUCUAGUUUCCUUUUCCCCUUCAAAUGGCAAUGUCCCUACAUACCUCUAUGUCCUUUGGGUCUAGCAGAAGUGUUGCACGCUCCUCUGCCGUACUUGAUAGGUGUUGACUCAAGGUUCUUCGAUCUCUAUGAACCACCGCCUGACGUGACAUGUGUUGAUCUCGAUACUAAUAAUAUUACGAUAUGCGAAUCACAGCGUCAUAUAUCAUUAAAACUGCUACCUAAAAGACAAGCGAGGGUUCUACGACAAACAUUGGAUCAGUUAUUAUCAAACAUACGACCCGGCAUGUUAGCGUCCCCGGUACAUUCAUCUGGUGAUAAACACAACGGCGAACCAACUACCAGUUUAGAUAGAGACUUCCAGAAGAGAAAGAAAGAACAAGCACUGGAGCUUAAAAUCCAGGAAGCCUUUCUAAGGUUCAUGGCGGUGACAUUUCAAGGCUAUCGUUCAUUUCUAAUACCAAUCACUAAAGCGCCGACCGUGGGUACAACAGACCCGCACGCUCUGUUCCAUAUGGACUCAUUUUUAAGGUCAAGAGACAAGACCCACCAGCGUUUCUUCGCCCUCACGAUGCGUACACAGAUGUUCACUCGUUUCAUAGAGGAGCGUUCGUUUGUAUGUGACGCUGAUCAAGCGUUGUCAUUCUUCGACGAAUGUAUAGAGAGAGUUGCGAGCGAUGAACCGCUACUAGGACUCGACGAUAGUAAUACGUCUGAGAGGACCGUAUUCGUACUACCGCCGGAUCCGCCGGAUACAGAACAGCAGUACACGUACGAUAAGUUUAUAUUGGACGAGCAGCUGGUGUCUGUGUGUCGCAGUACCCGUGGGUCAUUGACCUGCGCGCCCGCAGCCGCACUCGCAUCUGUGGAGUCAUUAGCUGAUGCUUCACCCAUGGCCAGACGGACCAAACAGGAGAUAGCGGCCGCGCAACGAUUGGCUCGCAAAGCAAAUUUAUCCCCCGAGGCGUGGGCCAAGUGUCUGCUAGGAGCAUGCUAUUCGCUAUACUUCUUAGCUCUCCCCGGACGAAUGCUUAUAUCACGUGGCAAAGAACAUGCUACUCUACGUUUUGCGUUCGAGCUACUGGAACGUGCUACUAAGUUGAGAGUACCCUGCGAUGAGGUGUGUUACCGUGUCAUGAUGCAGUUGUGUGGUAUUCACUCGCUGCCUGUACUGGCUGUGCAGCUAUUAUUCCUGAUGAAGCGCGCUGGUCUUCAACCUAAUGCCCUUACAUAUGGUUACUACAAUAGAUGUGUCCUUGAAGCCGCCUGGCACAAGGAUAUGCCCAGCGGAUCUCAACUCAUGUGGAACAAAGUUCGUAUAGCGAUAAUGGGAGUGACUUUGUUCCGUAAGGCGGGGGCUUUGAGAGCCAGUCGAGCGGCAGGAGCUGCGGGCAGUACGGGUACGUUGCCUCGUGUACGUACGGUGGGCGGCGAGGGUGCGGAUCUGACUUCACUAGCUCUCGCUGAACCGACGCGCAGCAGAUGUAGCUUGGAUUCAGCUUGCGAUUUGAACGCCUCAGCCAGUACUAAUACAGCGUCAACGACGGCCUUCGAAGCCCUAUACUGUAGAGGUAACAUAGUCCGCGCCCCCGCCAGUCACCCGCGGGCUCAUCAAAUAUCUUCUACCGCCGGGAUACUCAUUUCUGGCCUUCCGUCAGAUCCAGAUCUUAGUUCUACAACCAGACCUAGAAGUAAUUCGUUAGGCAGCGAAGAAGUUGAAUCAUCUGUGUCUAUAACGGAGAAGAGACAGACUAUCCACGUGAGUCCCGAUAGUCCAUCCGACCUAAGAAUACUGACACGAUCAGAGAGCUUCGCCGGGGACGCGCAGAUAGUACAGAACCUACAAAGGCUAUCGUUUUCUAGUAGCACAUCAAACACGAAGUCUCGAUGUUCGAGGACGCUCAGUUUCCCCGAAGAACCUGAAAAAGAAACAGCGGCCGUCGAUAAAACGGAGAAAACUAUCUCAUCACCUCUCAAGGUGUCCCCCCGUACCCCGGUGUUAGCGGACGACCCGCUGGGCGCUCUGUCCUUAGAGCCGAGUAGCCCCGACCCCGCGCCCCCUACCACGGAAUUGCCGCUACCACGACACGAACUAAGUCUCAGCCCGCGACUGUUCCAGAGAAGCAACUCCUUCACUGAGGAACCGGAAACAGUCGGAAGCGAGACGGCGCCGGCAACAGUGUCAUCAAGCCUUGCCUCUAUAGGAAACACACUGAAAAUCAGUUUUGGACGUUAUUCACCAGCAAGACUGUCGUUGAGGAAGGAUAAUAUGAACAUCGGAAAGGCUAUGAUCGAGAAUUAUUUCAGUCCAACUAGCAUAGCUGGGAAGAAAUCAAACGAGCUAUUACAGAGCGGUCUAAGCAGCUUGAAAUCAGCUGCAACGAGUAUGGCAAAGAAAUUUGAUGAGAUGAAAGAAGUCAUAUCGGCUAAUUCAACACCGGUGAAGGGCGCUAUAGGUAACGCCACCAGCGCCCUCACUAACUUCAGAGGCGACGAUGACUCGGGAGACGGAUCGUCAGAGGUCAAUCAGAAUGAGUGGUCUGGCGGUAUGGGUUUCCGACGCGCGUCUAGUGACGCUGAGCUAGCGUGUUCUAUGGAGAGAGGAUCUCUGGCUACAUUAUUAUCACAUCUACCCGACAAUUUAUAUCCCACGCAGUAUGACAACUCAAGGUCAGAGAACCCGUCGCUGGAGGUCCGCAUGACGUCAUGUUCCCAGUGUCACCAGUGCCUGGCCUUGUUGUACGACGAGGACAUCAUGGCGGGCUGGGCGGCCGACGACUCCAACCUCAACACGCGCUGCACGGCCUGCGGGCGACACACGGUGCCGCUGCUGUCUGUACAGAUCGUAAGAAUGGAUCAAACACAGGCGGAAACAUUGACAGUACCUUAUUUAAAUCCUUUAGUACUGAGAAAGGAGUUUGAAUCUAUAUUAGGUAGAGAAGGCGACGCUUGUUUGGCAGAACCUGAAUUUGUGGAAUCGCAUCCAAUAGUAUAUUGGAAUUUAGUGUGGUUCUUGGAGCGAGCAAAUAUUGAUAAUCAUUUCCCUGACUUAUUAUGUCCGAACUUUUCGGUAAAAUACCAGAGUUCGGAUCCUUUGCCGGACGCGGACAAAAUGACAGUGGGUUGUCGCGUUAUUUGCUCGUGGGAGGGCGCUCGUGCGGCGGACUGUGAAGCCCCGUCCUUACACCGUGCGUGGCGCGCCCGGAGGACCCAGCCUCGCUCCAGGCAGCUUAGAGCUCUGCUACUGUCACACCACGACAGACCUACAGACUCUAUCGUAGCGACUAUAUUGGACGGUCUCAUGAGUAACGAUCUAUCAGACGCUGUGAGAAAGUUGGCCGCGUGGAGGGAGUCCACGUGCGCUAACAAAAGAUAUCAUUCAUAUUACAGAGACAUUCUAUUCCUCGCGAUGGCAGCACUCGGAGAACAGAAGAUCAACGUGACCGUGUUCCAGAGAGAAUACACGCGAGCCAUAGAACAGUUGGGGACAGAGGCGCGCCCCCAGGAUCUGCCUCCCUCACCUACAGCCGUCUGCUGUAGACAUUACUUUAAGAGACUUACACUCGACGUUGAUGAAUAG